UUCGGCAUAAAUUGAAAUACGGAAUUUAUUUAAGAUCGAGUCGAGAUCAACUGAUUAUUCAUUCACAUGCUCUUGUUCUAGUUACCCACUCGUUCGGCUCUUUCUCAUUCUCUUUCCCUCCCUCUCCCUUCUGCUUGACUCUUUUCUCGAACCUGUCAUCUGCAUACGAAUUCGAUUUCCUUCAAUUCCCCGACCCUCUCAUUGAAAGCAAUCUAAUCAUUGCCCUUCCUCCCCCUCCCCCGCCUUUCGGAAUCAUGUCCACCCCAUCGGGCGAGAACAACCCUGCGCCCGCAACCACCACCCCAACUGAAAGCGCAAAGACAACCACAACCACAACCACAGAACAUGCGCCGUUCACAGAGACACCAGCCCAGCAAUCAAAACAAGCAAUUGACUCCGACGACGACGAAUCAGACCUGGAUGAAUUAGACGACGUUCUCGACGACUUCAAGCCCACCCCCGCACCACCCCCACCCAGCAAACCCAGUAGCGCAUCCCAACCCGCGACCGCACCAGUCCCCACCGAUUUCGACGAAGAUGCCUUCAUGAAGCAACUCGAGAAGGACAUGGCGAACAUGAUGGGCCACGCCGCCAAGGAGUCCGGCACCUCCGACGAUAAGGGCUUCGAGGAUACCAUCAACCAGGGUGCGGACGCCUUCACCAAGCAGCUGGAGGAGAGCGGCAUUCCGCCCGGUGACUUUAUCAAGCAGCUGUUGGCUGAUGUCAUGGCUGAGGAGGCGGGUGGGGAUGGGCCCGCUCGCAGCAGCAGCGGCAGUGGUGGCGGUGGUGGUGGCUCUUCGGCGGGUGGUAAUGGGGCUACGCCUGCGGCGGCGUCCCCGGCACCGGAGUCGUUUAAUGAUGCGAUUCAGCAGACGAUUAAUCGGAUGAAGGAGUCUGGGGAUAAGGCGACCGCGGCGGCUUCGGAGGAUGAUGCGGAUGAUUUGGUGGCGCAGCUGUUGAAGGCGAUUGAGGCGGGUGCGGGUGGGGCUGGCGACGAUGGGGACCUGUCGAAGAUGUUUAUGGGCAUGAUGGAGCAGUUGUCGAAUAAGGAGAUGCUGUAUGAGCCGAUGAAGGAGCUGGAUGGGAAGUUUGGGCCCUGGUUACUGGAGAAUAAGGGCAAAGGGACGAUUUCCGCCGAGGAUAUGGAGCGGUAUGAGAAGCAGGCGGGUAUCGUGUCGCAGAUUGUGGCCAAGUUUGAGGAGAAGGGGUAUACGGAUGAGGAUCCGAAGUGUCGGGAGUAUGUGUGGGAGAAGAUGCAGGAGAUGCAAGCUGCGGGAAGUCCGCCAGAAGAACUCGUUACGAACCCAUUCGGGGAUGAGCUCGGUGGCGGGCCCGGUGGUGUCCCGGAAUGCCCCCAGCAAUAAAGAGAUCUUACAGUAGCAUCUCCGUCUAUUCAUUCAUUGUGGUGGUACAUCGACUGCAUCUGGUGUUGGCAUCUUUUGUACUUAUAUCAUUUCGAUACCCUAUUUAUCAGCCGAAAUGUCACAAGGCUAUCAUCUUUCGCUACAUUCAUAUCACAGAAAAUUGCAAAUUCCGCCGAGUGUCAGUAUGUAUAAGAAGCAAGACCAUAAGUGAGGGUAGCCAUACUGUACGUUCUAUGAGGAUUAGUUAAUCAAUCCACAAGAUAUCGGCCUGGAGCUAAGCCAGCGCCGCAUGCUACGCUUCUCAAUUAGAAUGGCCUAGGGCUCAAAGACUCUUGUGGUAAGAUGACAAUUUAACUCAUGAAGUAGGCAUGAAAGAUCCAACACUCAAUUUUCACAAUGUGGACAUGCAAUAUAUGUACUAGUUGAAAUAAUACAACACUAACUAUUCCUACAUGUACAC